AUGAUCUUCCGUAGAGACUUUACAGAUGAUGUUAAAAAUACAGCUAAAAGCUUCAAAAACUGGAAUUCAUGUAUGGCAGAUAAACCAUGUAAAAUUAUCGCUAUUGUUGGGAUAUGUUUAGCGUGUAUAGUUGGCUUAUGGCUAAUAGGUGGAUUGCUAACGUGUGUCAGACAGGGUGUCACAGGGAUUAGUGGUUUUAUUUGUUGGUGUUGCAACUGUAAUGAAAGAGACAAUAGUUAUCCAAAUAACAAUUAUAACCAUGGAUAUAAUCCACAUAUGACACCAUCCUAUCAACCGCAACAACCAAUGAUGUAUAGAUCGCCUCCAGAUGUAGUGUAUCAACCCAUUGAAAGGGGUUACUAUGAGGAAAGUACUCAAAAUAUUCCAGAUUAUGGAUAUUACUCUGAAAGAAACCAAAAAAGUAAUAGUGUAUUCGAACUAGAACAAGAUUUUGAUUUGGAAGGUCAAAGAAUAAAAGCACAACAAAAGAAAAACAAUGGUUAUGUUCAAGCACCUUAUCCAACUUGA